AUGGUAGACACCACUAUCGCUGGCUACACCAUCCCUAAGGAUAGCCAUGUCAUUUUAAGCCGGAUGGGACUUGGUCGGAACCCCAAGAUCUGGAACGAACCACUUGAUUUUCAGCCCGAGAGGCAUUUGAAUACCGCAAAUGUGCUCCUCAGUGAACCAGGACUGCGUUUUAUUUCAUUUAGUAGUGGGAGGAGGGGUUGUCCCGGAAUUUCACUUGGUACCUCAGUCACAGUGAUGUUGUUUGCGAGGAUGUUGCAGGGAUUCACCUGGACGAAGCCCCUUGGAGUUGACAGAAUCAGUCUCCAAGAAAGCAAUACCGGCGCCCUUGCCUUAGCUGAACCCCUGAUUCUGCAAGCUAAACCACGGCUGGCCGCACAUCUCUAUGAGAAAAUUUAA